AUGUCGAGCGCGAUAAUGGACUCGAUGGAGCCGCCUACUGGCGUUCGACAAUUCGACGCAUUUCCUAAAGUACGACCAAACUACAAGGCACGGACUACUGGAGGAGGUCUGAUGACUGUGCUGGUUGCAGUUAUUUCUUUCAUCCUGGUUCUCAAUGACCUCGGAGAUUAUCUUUGGGGCUGGAGAGAGUACGAAUUUACCGUUGACAACAACUUGGCGACAGUCAUGUAUGUGAAUGUCGACCUUGUGGUCAAUAUGCCAUUCCUCUCGGUCGAUCUACGUGAUGCCGCGGGAGAUCGCCUCUUCUUAACUGAUGAACAUGGUGGAUUCAGACGUGAUGGUACUCUGUUUGAUGUUGGACAAGCGCAUGCUCUUCAGGACAGCAAAGUUUCGGUAUCACCACAGGAAGUUGUCUCGGCUUCUAAGCGGAGUCAGAGGGGCCUGUUUAGCUCAUUCAAGAAACCCAAAGACCCUACCUUCAGGCCCACCUACAACCAUAUCCCGGAUGCCAGUGCUUGCCGUGUCUUUGGGACGGUCGCUGUCAAAAAAGUUACGGCCAACCUACACAUUACUACUCUUGGGCAUGGCUACAGGAGUGCUGAGCAUACCGACCACACUCUGAUGAACCUCACUCAUGUCAUCAAUGAGUUUUCGUUUGGCCCCUUCAUUCCUGACCUCUCGCAACCUCUGGAUUAUUCGUUUGAAGUUACCCACGAGCACUUUACCGCGUUCCAAUAUUUCAUUACUGUUGUCCCAACUACCUACCAAGUUCCCGGACAAGACCCCCUCCAUACCAACCAAUAUAGCGUCACUCACUAUACCCGCAACAUUGAGCAUGGGCGUGGAACCCCGGGUAUUUUCUUCAAGUUCGAUAUCGAUCCUCUUGCUAUCUCAAUUUCUCAAAAGACCACCACCUUCCGAGAAUUCCUUGUCCGUGUUAUCGGUGUAGUGGGAGGGGUUUGGGUGUGCGCUGGAUGGACAGUCAAGGUUGGAAGCAAGGCUGCCAAGGUCGUGACUGGUGAAGAAGACGAAGGGAUUGCUGAAGUCCAAAAAUCAUCACGUAAAAGUCGCUGGGCUGGCGGGGAAAUUAGGCGUGUUAAUAUGUCAGGACAUGAUUCACCAGCGACACCGAUCUACCCCGGUAGUCCUAUGUUUGGCUCUAUUCCUGGCUCACCCAUGCCAAUGACCCCCGGAUCUCGUCCACCGCCUUCCGCUUCCUACUCGAUGCACCGUUUCCCUUCCUCUCCUUUGCCAGGGCAAUCGCCAGCUGGCUUCCCUCGCAGUCCCGCUCCUCCUACACCAUACCGACAAGAUAGCUUCCCACUUUCCGCACGCCAAGAUAGCUUCCCUCUUCCCCACUCUGCCCGUCAGGAUAGUUUCCCGUCUCCCGGACUCGUUCCUCCACCUCAACGCCCGCGCCCGGAGAGCUUCCAUGGCGGAAGUAGCCCUCUCGGCAACGGAUCUCCUCUCAGCCCUAAUGGAGGCCCCCCAAGAGGUAGGGCGACAUCCUGGCUCAACUCUCCGGUGGCGGGGUAG